AUGGCGUCUAGUAUUACGUACAAUGGGGUGCCAAGUACUGUUGGAGGCGGUAACAUCUUUCAGGGGAUGAAGUUUUGGGUUUCCCGCCUGGUUCCUUCAAGGGAUUGGAUUAUCGAUCAGAUCCAGACAAAUUCAGGGACUGUCGUCGUUCAGGAGAAGGAUGCAGAUAUGCUCAUCGCAGAUCACGCAAGGAAAGACGUGCCCCUGGGAUCCUACUCUUGGAAAUACAUUACCGAGUCGGUCAAGGCAGGUUUUGUUCAAGUUGAAGACAAGUACUUGAACGGACCUCCUCCUGGCCAGCCCCGACCAAUACUCGCGGGUUCUCGCGCCAAGAAAACUCGUACACCUUUUUCAGAGCAGGAUGAUGCUAUCUUGGCCAAGCAUGUCCUUCAAAAAGCAAUCGACACGGCUGGGAAUAAAAUGUAUAUGGAGUUGGAGGCCCUGUACCCCCAUCAUACUUAUCAAUCAUGGAGACAUCGAUGGGUAAAAAUAUUAUCGCUGAGAUCUAACCAUGAUAUUGAUCGGUUAGCGAGGAUGGCCAACUUGGACGUAGACAAUGCACCGAUAACUGCCAGGCACAUUGUAAGGAGGCAUGAAAGAGAGGAUUGGCCACAAGCGCCACAACAUGCCCCUACCGUUACUGGUAGAACCGACCAAAAUGCUCGGUCUCGAACUGAGGCUUCGUCUAGAACCGCUCCACGCGAUCCAACUCGACGCCAACAGACGACACCAUCUGAGAAUCUGGAUAGGAAGAGUACUACGGCCGAGGCUACCUCUGAACAGAACGGCGAUGGUACUGAAAACGAUUCAACCCCUUACCACGAUGCACCUACCGGUGAAGAGCAAGCGCAAGGGCAAGAGCGAAUUGAAGACAGCGAGGCAGAAUCAGAAGGCAGCCAAGGAGAGAAAAGUAAAGAAAAUGCUGAAGAAGACGGUGGAGGAGAGAACGUAGAGGAGGGAGAAGAGCCAGAAGAGGAAGACGAAGAAGGCGGCGGCGCUGAAGAUGAUACCGGCGUUGACAGAAGUUUGCCUUCCUUUACGGAAAGAGACCAGUUCUACAGUGAUCUUCAAGACUAUUGCGAAGCAAACGGCAGGGAGCUUCAAAAGCAGUGCGUCAUUAGGGAUAAGAGGAUUGACCUAUGGGACUUGCUUCAGGCAGUAAGUACGCAAAAUCUACCGCUGGAGGAGGUGGACUGGAGACGGGUAGCGCGGUAUGUGGGCUUCGACCGGGCUCAAAGCAAAGAGAUUAUCGCCACUUUAUUGCAGACGAGCUACCAUCGCCACCUCGCAGGGUUUGUAGAGGCAAUGUUGAGCUUCGAACACGAUCUCGACGAGGACAGCGAAGAAGACGAAGAGACUAUCCCACAAACUGCAGAAGCUGCGGCAGAGCCAACAACGCCUUCACGAAAUGGAAAUGGCACAGCAAAAGCGACAAAAAGGUUGCCAGAUGUGCAAUCCCCAACGCCAGAACAAAGAUCCAAACGGAGGCGCACAAUAGGUGCUACGAUUCCAGUAACACCCGAGGCCAGGGAGAAGACCAGGAGACGACAAUCCGCACCGGCGCCAGGGCAGUUGGGUAGUAUCGUGGACGACGGCCGAGUUCAGGCGGACAACUCCCCGCAUAGCAUACCGAUGAGAGACGGUCAAAGACAGUGGUCACCGGAGGAGCCUGAUAACACUCCUUCUCAACAACUACGGAGCGAGAGCAACUCGGUUGCGAGCCCUGAACUCGGUGAUACUCGCCACAAUCAACCUCGAAGCUCUGGCUACCAUUUCAACGAUAGAGGACUCGAAACUAUCAUGGAAGAGGAGCCAUCUGCAUCUACUCCGACCAAACCCAAAUCGAAGAAGCGGUCACUACCAUCAUCGUUUCAGCAGCCCCAGACGAUACCUCCUCACGAAAGGAGACGUCUAGUGGAACAAGAGCAACACCAGGAAGAAGGCACGCAAGAAGCACAGGCUCCAGAAGAGCAGCAGCAAACCGAAGAUGAGAAUUGGAAAACAAAGGAAUUCCACAAAUGGACAAAGCACUAUCGCGAAGCGGGCUAUUCCGACGAACACAUCUCCGAAGCCAUGUACCGGACGAGCUGGAUCCCCGGCGCCCGCAUGGAACAGGUCCUCAAGAGUCUCCAGAAAGGAGACGAGGUACCCAAAAACGUACAGGGCAUAUGGACGUACCGUGACGACGACAAGCUUGACUACAUAGGCCAAUUUGAGACCCUGGAGCCCGUGGCCGGAGACUCGAGUGAAAUGCAACGGCGCAGAGCAAAGGCGGCAAGAAUGUUGGAGCAGCUCUUGUACAAGCAUACCAAGUCGGGGGUUGAGCUUCGGUCGGAGAUUCAUGAAGAGAUUGCCAAGCAAGGGGGGAAGAAGAUGAGAAGAUAG